AGAACAUCCCGAGAAGGCCAGACUUGAGAAAAUCAAAUUAGUUUUCCCGCACUAUACUGCCCACUGACGAUUUCCCAGUUCCACACUCCACAAGACUGUUGCAGUUGAAGCCUCCACACUCCGAUAGCACCACCACAGAAGAGAGGAAAAUGCUGCACGAAAUAUUGCUCGCACUGCUAGGUUACACCGGUGACCUAAUUCUCGACGAGAGAGAAUCGCGCAAUUCCCUCGGAAUUCUCUCUCCUGAUUCUCUCGUCUCCGAUAAACCUACCUUCAAGCUCGCCCCCGAUCUUUCUUUCAUCGCUCCCACUGACAGGAGUGUUAUUGAGAGGAUUAUUAAGCUAGGGUUUUACUACAGGGAGUUGGAUCGGUUUGCCUCGAAAUCGAGGAAUUUGAGCUGGAUUAGAUCGGCGUGCGUGAAUGUAUCGCCGUUGGAAAGGAGCGAGGAGAUUUCAAAGAUGAAGAGUGAGAAUCAGAGUGUGUAUAGGCGCGCUAUUGCCAAUGCUAUCGUUGAGAUUCUCUCCGUUUAUCGAUCCGCAGUUUUGCAGAUUGAGCAGAAGUUAUUGGCGGAUCCUCUUCCCGUUUUGGCCACUGUUACUCAGGGCCUCAACAAGUUUUUUGUUCUUUUGCCUCCUUUAUAUGAGCUUAUACUAGAGAUAGAGCGUGAUAAUGUUCGUGGAGGAAAACUUCUCCACCUAUUGCAUACAAGAUGUCAUUGCGGGGUGCCUGAACUUCAAACUUGCCUUCAAAGGCUGCUUUGGCAUGGGCAUCAAGUGAUGUUCAAUCAACUUGCAUCUUGGAUGGUUUAUGGUAUUCUUCAAGAUCCUUAUAAAGAAUUCUUUAUCAGAAGUGAAGAAGGCAGGGAGCCGGAGAAGGAUUCGUCAAAUGCGGAUAUAAUUCGGAAAUCGACACGCUUAACCAUAGAAGAUUCCUCUUUAGCUGAUUGGCACUUAGGUUUUCAUAUAUCUUUGGAUAUGCUUCCUGAAUAUAUCCACAUGCGUGUUGCAGAGUCUAUUCUUUUUGCCGGUAAAGCUGUUAGGGUGCUCCGGAAUCCCAGCCCUGGCUUUACACAAGAUACAUUGCAUUACCACCAAAUUCCGAGGGAAUCUUACAUAAUUCAAGGAUUUGCUGAUCGCUUUUCCUUCCCAAAGGAUUCUUCUGCAGAUUCAGAACUUACAGGAAAAGAGUUAUUACCACAGGCCGAGGCAGAUAAAAUUGAAGCAAUGCUCCAGGAUCUAAAGGAAUCAACAGAAUUUCACAGGAGGUCAUUUGAGUAUGCUGUUGACUCUAUUCGAGCUGUAGCAGCUAGUCGUCUUUGGCAGCUUGUAGUUGUUCGUGCUGAUCUAAAUGGCCACCUGAAGGCGCUUAAAGACUAUUUUCUGCUGGCCAAGGGAGACUUUUUUCAGUGCUUUUUGGAGGAGUGUCGCCAAUUGAUGCGCUUACCACCUCGCCAAUCAACUGCUGAAGCUGAUCUUAUGGUGCCAUUCCAGUUGGCUUCAUUGAAGACAAUCAGUGAUGAAGAUAAGUACUUCUCUAGAGUAUCAUUACGGAUGCCUUCAAUUGGAGUUGCUGUAAAACCAGCCCAAGUGGAUGUACCUAAAUCAAAAGCUUACACAGGUAGAAGUUCUGGCGCUGCCUCGUCAAACACUAUAACAGACAUGGAUGGCUGGGAUGGUAUAACUCUGGAAUAUUCUAUUGAUUGGCCCCUGCAAUUGUUUUUCACACAAGAAGUGCUGUCUAAGUAUUGUCGUGUGUUUCAGUAUCUGCUACGCCUUAAACGGACACAAAUGGAGUUGGAGAAGUCAUGGGCUUCAGUUAUGCAUCAGGAUCAUAGUGAUUUUGCCAAGCAUCGUAAUGACAGGAUCAAAUGCUCAACAUCUCAGCAGCGGCGGCAACGUUUUAGACCAAUGUGGCGGGUCAGAGAACAUAUGGCCUUUCUGAUUAGGAAUCUUCAGUUUUAUAUCCAGGUGGAUGUCAUAGAAUCACAGUGGAAUAUUCUACAAACUCAUAUCCAAGAUUCACGUGAUUUCACUGAGCUUGUGAAUUUCCAUCAAGAGUAUAUGUCAGCCUUGAUUUCUCAGUCAUUCUUGGACAUUGGUUCUGUCUCAAGGAUAUUGGACAGUAUUAUGAAACUUUGUCUGCAAUUUUGCUGGAGUAUUGAAAACCAAGAAAGCCCAAACGCAGCUGAGUUGGACCACGUAACGGAGGAAUUUAACAAAAAGUCAAACUCCUUGUACACCAUAUUGCGUAGCAGUCGCCUUGCUGGGAGUCAGAGAGCCCCUUUUCUAAGGCGCUUCCUUUUGCGUCUAAACUUCAAUUCAUUCUUUGAGGCAACUGCAAUGGGCAUUUUGAAUGUCGUUAGGCCACGCCCUUCUCUUCCUGUAUUGCAGCAGUAAACUUGUGCAUGGUAUUUCUGUCGUCGGUAAAUCUGAGGUAGUGCAAUGCUUCAUUGUACGGUUUCGUUUAUAUUCUCUUCUGGUUGUAUAGCAAUUUGUGACUGGUGUUCUGCUAGCAAACAAGAUAUAGCUCAACGCUUCAUUGGCUCUACAUUUGCAGCAAAUCCACCAAAGUCUUGCAUCAUGCUUACAUAUUUCAGGUGUGGCAAUAGAUGUACAAGGGGGAUGAAUGGAAAUACCCGACUGUCAGGGAAUGAUCAUGAGGUGGCACAGGUCAUGUGGAAUGAGAGAAUGGAACUACAAAUAGAGGAGCUAGAGAGAGAAGUAGGUAUCCAGAAAUUGUGUUAUUGCUUAACUGGGAUAGAUCUUGGCCUUUCGAAAGGCGUAAUUAUCUUGUAUUUCCUUGUUAUUUCAAUAUAUCUUUCUCUUUCUGGUUUCA